AUGGGGGAGAAGAAAAGGCCGCGAGAUGCGGAGGAAGCAGCAGCAGACUCAGCAGCAGCAGCAGCAGCACACAGCAGCAGCACCGCCCCCCAGAAGCAGCAGAAGGAUGGUGAGGAGCAGCAGCAGCAGCAGCAGGAGAAAGAAGAGAAGGAAGUAACAUUUGCUUCUUUAGGUUUAUGUCGUGAAUUAUGUGCAGCAGCAGCAGCAGCAAAAUGGCAGAAACCAACAGCAGUGCAGCAGCAAGUAAUACCAUUAGUGCUGCAGCAGCUGCAGCGGCUGCAGGGUGUACGUACAGUGCAGCACAGAGAUAUAAUUGCUGUUGCCUCUACGGGGAGCGGGAAGACAGGAGCAUUUGUGCUUCCUUUGCUGCAGUUGCUGCUGCAGAGCAGCAGCAGCAGAUACAGCAGCAGCAGCAGCAGCAGCAGCAGCCCAUUUGCUGUUAUUUUAUCCCCUACACGCGAAUUAGCGCUGCAGGUAUUUGAUUGGGUACAGGCAUUAACAGCAGCAACAGCAGCAUCAGAGAAGACAGCAGCAGCAGCAGCAGCAGCAGCAGCAGCAAUUCGUGGUUGCUGCUGCGCACUA